GGAGCCGGAGGGAGAGUCAAGGCAAUUCUUUGGUUGCUAAGUGUGAGUGAAGACAUCCAGGAUGGCUCAGGGAUCCGGGGAUCAAAGAGCAGUGGGGACUGCGGACCCAGAGGACAGUUCUCCAAACAUGAUAGUCUACCGCAAAAUUGAAGACAUCAUUACAAAGAUGCAAGAUGACAAGACAGGGGGUGUGCCCAUCAGAACAGUCAAGAGCUUUCUCUCCAAAAUCCCCAGUGUUGUCACAGGUACGGACAUUGUGCAGUGGCUCAUGAAGAACCUUUCCAUCGAAGAUCCAGUGGAAGCAAUACACUUGGGAAGCCUCAUAGCUGCCCAGGGCUACAUCUUCCCCAUCUCGGACCAUGUUCUCUCCAUGAAGGACGAUGGCACCUUUUAUCGGUUCCAGGCUCCGUACUUCUGGCCCUCGAACUGCUGGGAGCCCGAAAACACUGACUAUGCCAUCUAUCUCUGUAAGAGGACAAUGCAGAAUAAAGCAAGGCUGGAAUUGGCAGACUAUGAAGCAGAAAACUUAGCGAGACUCCAGAGGGCCUUUGCAAGGAAGUGGGAAUUCAUCUUUAUGCAAGCAGAAGCCCAAGUAAAGAUUGACCGGAAAAAGGACAAGACAGAAAGGAAGAUUUUGGAUAGUCAAGAACGGGCCUUUUGGGACGUCCACAGGCCAGUGCCAGGCUGCGUGAACACCACAGAAAUGGAUAUCAGAAAAUGUCGGCGUUUGAAGAACCCGCAAAAGGUUAAAAAGUCAGUGUAUGGCGUGGCCGACGAGUCCCAGUCGCAGAGCCCCGUGCACAUCCCCAGCCAGCCAGUCAGGAAGACUACGAAAGAGGACAUCCGGAAACAGAUAACGUUUUUGAAUGCACAGAUUGACAGACAUUGUUUAAAAAUGUCGAAAGUGGCUGAAAGCUUAAUUGCCUACACGGAACAGUAUGUGGAAUACGACCCUUUGAUAACACCAGCCGAGCCGUCCAACCCCUGGAUCAGUGACGACAUCGCUUUAUGGGACAUAGAGAUGAGCAAAGAGCCCAGCCAGCAGCGAGUAAAGAGAUGGGGCUUCUCUUUCGACGAGAUGUUGAAGGACCAGGCGGGGCGGGACCAGUUCCUACGCUUCCUGGAGUCCGAGUUCAGUUCCGAAAACCUCAGGUUCUGGUUGGCUGUCCAAGAUCUCAAGAAGCAGCCCCUACAGGACGUGGCCAAGAGGGUGGAAGAAAUCUGGCAGGAGUUUCUGUCUCCAGGGGCCCCCAGUGCCAUCAACCUGGAUUCUCACAGCUACGAGAUAACCAGUCAGAACCUCAAGGAGGGAGGGAGAUACACCUAUGAAGAUGCCCAGGAGCACAUCUACAAGCUGAUGAAGAGCGACAGCUAUGCCCGCUUCCUCCGGUCAAACGCUUACCAGGACUUGCUGCUGGCCAAGAAGAAGCCAGAAAGUGAGCAAGGUCGUAGAACUUCCUUAGAAAAGUUCACUCGCAGUGUGUGCUGCUGGCGCAGAGUCAGAAUGGCCGCUGCAUUUCACCCCCGAGGUGGCUUCCUUCCGGCAGUGGGGAAAGUCGCUGGCGGGCAAGCGCCUCACCGGCCUGAUGCAGUCCUCCUGACGGUCCCCGCCGCCGCAGGGCCAGGGCCCAAGCCCGAGGAGCCCGAGGACCACACGGGCAGGAGGCGGCGCUCCACAUCGGCGGACAGAGUUUCCUUCCGGGGAGAUUCGGUCACUGUGAAAGAGAAAGAGUGAGGGCGAUGAAGGCAGACACGGUGGGGCAGCGGGAGGACCUGAACACCUGCGGAGCCGGGGGUUGGCCCGGUAGCGGCCGUUUACAACCCUUCCAUCCUUGUACAGUAGCAGUGCGCCGACACCCCGUCCUCUAAGAGGUCCUUGUCCCUAACUCGUUCAGGGGAGAACGUUUUGUGGGAUGUGGUGACCAUCACUUGAGAUAUACUCUUCUUAUCGUCACUCCUCCUACCACCUGGGGGGAUCACACUA